AUGAAUUAUAAAAAAUUUUAUUUAAGAAUUUUUUUUAUGAUUAUAGUGAAUUUCUCCAAAUUUUUCUUUGUUGAAAAUUUAAGUCAUUCAGAAAAUAAGAAAAAAAUUCUUUUUUUAAGCAGAACAAAUGUUUAUUAUAAAAGAGGAGAUAAUUUUAAAAAUAUAUUCAAAAAAAAUAAAAUAACAAGAAUUAUAAACUUUAAAAACAUAAUUUUAAAUACUAAAAAAUUUAAUUUAAAUCAAUAUUUUGAAAAGAAAUUUUUUAUUAAUAAUAAAUUUAUAAUGAGUGAAGAUCAACCUCUUGUGAUAUUUAUGCUUGGUGGUCCAGGUAGUGGAAAGGGAACACAAUGUAAAUUAAUUCAAGAAAAGUUUGAUUUUAUUCAUAUUAGUGCAGGUGAUUGCUUAAGAGAGUAUUUAAUAAAAUGCAGAAACAAUGAAGUAAAUAAAAAACAUCAGUCAAUUGUAGAAGAUUGUAUAAAUAACGGAAAAAUUGUUCCUGUACAUAUAACAUUAGAAUUAAUGAAAAUAAAAAUCGAAAGUGAAAUAGAAAAAAGAAAACAAGUAGAAGAUAAAUUAAUUAAAGAGGAAGAAAAAGAAAAAAAGAGCAGUUUUUCGUUUAAUUUAUUGGAUGAAAACAUAUAUUUAAAGAAUACAAAUAUAGAAGAAUAUAAUAAGAAAUUAAAAUAUGAAAAUAAUAUAUAUGAAAAUAAAGAAGUCUUAGAGAUAUUAAAAAAAAAUAAAUUAAAACAAAAAGCAAAGUAUAAAUUUAUUAUUGAUGGAUUUCCAAGAAAUUACGAUAAUUUUAAUGGAUGGAUAAAAAUUAUAGGAAAUUACGCUUAUGUACAUUUAUGUUUGUUUCUCUAUUGUGAUGAAGAAAUUAUGAUUGAAAGGUGCAUGAAUCGAGGAUUAGUAAGUGGGAGAGCUGAUGAUAAUAUGGAAACAUUAAGAAAAAGAUUCGAAACUCAUAAAAAUGAUUGUAUGCCUAUAAUAAAUUUAUUUUUAAAUGAAAAUAAAUGUAUUUUUAUUAAUGCAAAUAAAAAUAUUGAAAAUGUUUGGAAUGAUAUACAAUAUAUUUUUUCAAAUAUGUAA